AUGUCUUCGAUAACCCGACAUGCGAACUCGCGAAUUAUUGCGAAAGAUAUUGGUCGAAUUGCCCAUAUUCAGCAGACAUCCCGAUUGCAGAAGGGUCGGGGGUUUUCAAGCUCCGCAAGAUGCUGCCAGAAACACACAGAUUACAAAGAGUCAUUUGGCACGCGGUUGCGUAGGGCGUUGGGCGACACCAAGAUAAAAUGGUACCCAAUUCCAGUUGGGUUGGGUAUUGGCUUCCUUGGGCUGGCGCAAUUAUACAGAAUAAACAACCGUGAAAAUGCCAGACGGCGAGAGGAGGACCUUGAAACCGAUGGAUAUGUAUACAGCAAGGGCGAGGGAGAAAACACCGGCCGUGAUGGCAGGCCUCGAAGACGUGAAAGGAUCCGGCCGACAGGACCUUGGCAGGUCCAGGUAAUGUCAACUCUACCGUUAAAAGCUAUGUCGAGAAUUUGGGGCAGAUUUAAUGAGCUGGAAAUACCAUAUUAUCUACGGGUACCUGGGUUCAAAUUAUACUCGUGGAUAUUUGGGGUCAAUCUCUCGGAAGUUGCUGAACCGGAUCUCCAUGUAUACCCCAAUCUAGCUUCAUUCUUCUAUCGAAAGCUCAAGCCAGGUGCCAGACCAUUAGACCCAAAUCAGAAUGCACUUCUUUCGCCAGCCGAUGGCCGUGUGCUUCAAUUUGGAGCAAUUGUAAAUGGCGAUGUUGAGCAGGUUAAGGGGAUGACUUAUAGUCUCGACUCUCUUCUUGGCACUAGCAAAUCGUCGGCCUCUGCAAAUGAUUCAAGCUUGUUUUCACCGAGUGAAGGGACCCCACAACAGAGCACUUUCACGAGCAAGGAAAAUCAAGAAGAGAUUAUCAAACAUGACGAGGAGUUUGCCAACGUAAAUGGGAUAUCGUACACAUUACCAAAUUUGUUUUCUGGCGAUUCUCAACAGAAGCAGCCGGUCAAGAAAUCCGGCGAUGCCUCCACCACCCCUAAGGCCGCUUCUGAGGCAGAGGUCCGCGCGGAUCUUGCUCUAGGUGAGCGUCCAUGGUAUUCGAGUCUUACCAGAGAGAAUCGUACUGCAUUGUACUAUGUUGUGGUAUAUCUCGCUCCUGGUGACUACCAUAGAUUUCACUCACCCACUGCGUGGGUCGCAGAGAAGCGCAGACAUUUUGCUGGAGAGCUUUACAGCGUCUCUCCGUAUCUCCAAAGAACACUGCCUGGUUUAUUUACUCUGAAUGAAAGAGUUGUUUUAAUUGGAAGGUGGCGAUGGGGAUUCUUUUCAUAUACGCCAGUUGGUGCCACGAAUGUCGGAUCUAUCAAAAUUAACUUUGAUCGGGAGCUAAGGACAAAUUCAUUAACAACAGAUACGGAGGCUGACCGAGCCGCCGAAGAAGCUGCCAAACGCGGCGAGCCUUACACUGGGUUUGUCGAAGCUACUUAUGAUGCCGCGAGUCCACUCCUGCAUGGCCACGCUUUACGUAGAGGAGAAGAGAUGGGCGGAUUUCAACUUGGAAGCACCAUUGUUCUGGUUUUUGAAGCACCUCGUGGAUCACGGCCUAGUCUUGAUGAAGGGUGGAUGGGCGAGAAAACCAAAAUAAAGGGCGGCUGGAAUUGGAGUGUACAGAAGGGGCAGAAAGUUAAGAUGGGUGAAGCCCUCGGAUACGUCGACGAGUCAUGA